AUGGACAAAUCAUCGAUGACCGAAGAUGACCACUGCGAAAUCAAAUGGUCCGAAUGCUACAGGAAAUGGAAAACACAGAGAACAGCCGAUUUUACCAAAUCUUCUAAACUACUACAGCAAACAUGGGCGUCUUCAAAAAGUGAUUCUAGAAGGCGUCUAAUCACUUUCCAAAGCGCGCUUAUGUUUAUGGCCUACUUCUGGACAUCGAUUAGAGAUCAUGGCAAUGUGCCUGGGAAUAACGCCAGGGGAAACUCCAUUAACAAUCUUGUGGAAGUGGCGGAUACUCGAGUUUUGUCUUCUACGCAUCCCAUUUCUGGUAAUCUCAUAGCCGUCAUGAUGGCCGUCAGCCUAAAACAAGGCGUGCAGAUGAACUCGGAAAUGAUGGCUGUAUUGAAGUCAAGUUUCCAAAAUCUUCUGGACUUGUGGAUGAAUGGAGAGAAAUGCGAUGCCAUUCUAUUUACGAUGCCCCAGGUGGUUCACUUCAAGUAUGGUGGACUGCAUUCUACGGAAGAGAUGGUUGUAAGAUUUGGAACGGAGGAUUUCGUCCUUGCUGCUCAAGCCCAGCGCAACGAUGGCAAUGCCGGCAUCUUUCAGGGGAGAGAUUAA